UCCCCUCCCUUUCUGGAGAAGCAGCUUCCCCGCUUCAGACGCGUUUGCAGGCAGAGCCUGCAGCAGGCAGCGCACGAGCCCUCGCGCUCAGCUCGGGUUUGCCCUCCAGGGACGCCGCGCUCCGGCCGCGCUGCUAACCCGGGGGCGGCCGGCGGCGGAGCCCAGCGCUCCUCUCGCUCUGCCCAGGAAUAAAAACUAUGUGAGGCAUGGUGAUCGGAGUCAGAGAAGGGGAAGGGAGCACCUAAAACUGGUGGAUGCAGCAGAUCCGAUCACUGUGCAAAAGUCUCAAACCAGUUCAGAUGUUGCUGUUUCUUCAAGUUGCAGGUCUAUGGAAAUGCAGGAUCUAGCAAGCCCGCAUAGCCGACUAAGUGGUAGUAGCGAAUCCCCCAGUGGUCCAAAACUUGAUAACUCUCACAUAAAUAAUAAUUCCAUGACACCCAAUGGCACAGAAGUUAAAACAGAACCAAUGAGCAGCAGUGAGAUUGCUACUACUACAGCAGACGGGUCUUUAGACAAUUUCUCAGGAUCAGCAAUUGGAAGCAGUGGUUUCAGCCCAAGACAAACACACCAGUUCUCUCCACCACAGAUUUAUCCUUCCAACAGACCAUACCCACAUAUUCUUCCUACCCCUUCCUCACAAACUAUGGCUGCAUAUGGGCAGACGCAGUUUACUACAGGGAUGCAACAAGCUACAGCUUAUGCCACGUAUCCACAGCCAGGCCAACCCUAUGGAAUCCCUUCGUAUGGUACAUUGUGGGCAGGCAUCAAGACAGAAGGUGGAUUAUCACAGUCACAGUCACCUGGACAGACAGGCUUUCUAAGCUAUGGUACAAGCUUUAGCACACCUCAACCAGGACAGGCUCCAUAUAGCUACCAAAUGCAAGGUAGCAGUUUUACAACAUCAUCAGGAAUAUAUGCAGGAAAUAAUUCACUUACAAAUUCAACUGGAUUUAAUAGUUCACAGCAGGAAUAUCCAUCUUAUCCCAGUUUUGGCCAGGGUCAGUAUGCACAGUAUUAUAACAGUUCACCGUAUCCUUCACAUUAUAUGACAAGCAGUAACUCCAGCCCAACGACACCCUCCACAAAUGCAACAUACCAGCUUCAAGAACCACCAUCUGGCGUCACCAGUCAAGCAGUUACAGAUCCUGCCGCAGCAGAGUACAGUACAAUCCACAGUCCAUCGACGCCCAUUAAAGACUCUGAUUCAGAUAGAUUGCGUCGUGGUUCUGAUGGAAAAUCACGUGGUCGAGGCAGAAGAAACAAUAACCCUUCACCACCACCUGAUUCUGAUCUUGAGAGAGUAUUCAUUUGGGAUUUGGAUGAGACGAUCAUCAUUUUCCACUCCUUGCUUACAGGGUCCUAUGCUAACAGAUAUGGGAGGGAUCCACCUACUUCAGUUUCACUUGGACUUCGGAUGGAAGAGAUGAUUUUUAAUUUGGCAGACACACAUCUAUUCUUUAAUGAUUUAGAAGAAUGUGACCAGGUUCAUAUAGAUGAUGUGUCUUCAGAUGACAAUGGCCAGGACUUAAGCACAUACAACUUCGGAACAGACGGCUUUCCUGCAGCAGCUACUAGUGCUAAUUUAUGCCUAGCAACAGGUGUGCGUGGAGGAGUAGACUGGAUGAGAAAAUUGGCCUUCCGCUACAGACGAGUAAAAGAAAUCUACAACACCUACAAAAAUAACGUUGGAGGUCUUCUUGGGCCUGCAAAGAGAGAAGCUUGGUUGCAAUUAAGAGCAGAAAUUGAAGCUCUGACAGAUUCUUGGUUAACACUUGCACUGAAAGCACUCACACUUAUUCAUUCUAGGACAAACUGUGUGAAUAUUCUAGUAACAACUACUCAGCUUAUUCCAGCUCUGGCAAAAGUCUUGCUGUAUGGACUAGGGGUUGUAUUUCCAAUAGAAAAUAUUUACAGUGCAACUAAAAUAGGAAAGGAAAGUUGUUUUGAGCGAAUAAUUCAAAGAUUUGGAAGAAAAGUAGUGUAUGUUGUUAUAGGCGAUGGUGUAGAAGAAGAACAAGGAGCAAAAAAGCAUGCCAUGCCAUUUUGGAGGAUCUCAAGCCACUCUGACCUUAUGGCCCUUCAUCAUGCCUUGGAACUGGAGUAUUUGUAGCAGCUUAGCAGCACUUUGAAACCCCAGAAUCUCCCUUAUGCCCAUGGACAGUAUGCCUGUGUCUUGUGUCAGCAUUGGACUACAGAACUUUGUGAUUUCGACAUGUUGAUGUACAGCUGAAAUUGGUCUUAACCUUUGCCCUUUCAAUAAAUGGAGGAGCAUGUCUUUUUCUUCAGAACAGCUGUUGACUCUAGUACUAUGAAUCCAAUGAAAACAAGCCAUGCGAAUGUUUUAACAACGUCUUUACCACGUUUGCUACAAAAAAAGGUUCAUACCUGUGAAGAAAGAAAGGACCUGCAGAUACUUUGUAGUUUUUAGACUUUUCAAUGUGACACACACAGCGUCUUCAACACAGCAAACUUGAUUGCACAAUGAAGACUGAGUUUUGCAAAAUACCAGUGGAGUAAUUUUCUUGUAAAGAAGGUUUACUUUUUUGGUUUCUCCUACCCAGGGUACUCUGUACAUCUUAUUUAUGAACGGACUGUGUUUUGACAUCAUAUAACUGAGGAUAUGUAUGAAAGGAUUAAAGGCUAUUGUAAGCCUUUGCCUUGUAAUACAGCAAGUACUUUUGAUUUUAGCACAUUGCAAAGUAGUUUAAAGUAUGUCUAAUUUAAACAAAUAGGUACAUCACUGAGACAAUCAUGUACAGGAAGAUUUUUUUUGUGUAAAUUUGUAAUAAUGGAUGAUUCUUUUACAUAUUGUUUAGGUAAAUGCUAUUGAAAGGUAGUAAUGCCUUGUUGGUGAGGUAUGAGGCAAUGUGUGCACAAACUCUUGUGCUGUGCCUUAUCAAAAUGUUGGGUAUAAAUAUGUAGAUAAUGGAUUUUUUAGAUAAAUUUGUCAAGACCAAAAGCAUGGAUGUCAAGUGUCAAUAAGGAAUUCGUUGUUGUUCUUUUUCAGCUAUUUUCUCCAUUUUCCCCUUAGCUAUUCUGACUACGAAAACAUUGGUUACCACAUCCCACGCGUUAAAUGCGCACACAUAGCUACACCAUUUAAUUGAAGAGGAGUCCCUUGCUGUCUUUUGUUUUCUAUUUUAAUGUUCAUGUAUUAAACCUCUUUAAAGAACUGAAUCAACAAGUUCAUCCCAUAAAAAGAAUGUGGAGAAUAGAGAAUAUAUUAUAAAACAGUACUUAAAAAUCUAAAAAUCAGAUUUUGAUUAAAAAAUGAUACCAGCUAACUUUAUUUUUCUUAAGUUAGAAAAGAGGAUAUUUUGGAGAAACUGAGCAAAAUAUAGUUGUUAUCCCAGUUUACACACUUCACUUUUUUAAUCCUCCUCUACCAGGACUCAUAUUUUCCUAACAGAUAACAUCCAUUGCCGGCAAUGGACACACUAAACCAGUUAUCGCCAGUGAUUACGACUUGCUUGAGUUUCCAUUCAUGCCCAUGAGGAACACUGUGUCUGUCUUUGAGUUAGAACUGUUCUAAUAGGAAUCAUGAGGGCCAUGAGCCAUUUGGUCAGACAAACUGCAAAUCUGACUUCUUGGCCUUAAAUAAACCAAUGUACCAGUUCACUUUCCCUGAUUUUCAUCCCUUCAGUAAAACGAAACCUCAGCUUUGUUGAUUUCUUCUCUGGCUUUUACCCUUUUUUUCUAUUUUCUUUUUUUUUUUUUUUUU